UCACCAUUCAAAGCGCUUUCACACUACUUGUCAUCAUUCACCCAUUCACACAGUGAUGGCAGGGCUACCAUGCCGGGUGCCACCAUACCAACGCGACUCCACUGAGCCACAGCGUCAUAUCGUAGAACACACGAGCCUUCACUUUAAUCAGCAGGUAGCAAGACACGGGAAAUAGUCUGGGUUCUUGAGGAGUGGUAGCAUUUAUUCACUGACAAAUGAACACACACUGUACUGCUGUUCAUCGCUGUAAAGUGACUGCUGACUUCACUCAUCUUCUCACGCACUCACACCCACUCUCUCUCUAAGCCAUCGUAAUCCAAUAAAGCAGAAAUCCCCCAAAACCAAUUUUAAAAAAGUUCCACGAUGCUUCAGCCCGGCAGGGACGCAAGUCAGGCCAGACGGGGCAAAAACCCUGCGGAGGUUUGUGGAACAUUGAGUUGGAGAAAGCUUGCAAUAUGGGAGAUUUUUCUUUUUUUUCUUAAUCAACCUUUAUUUAGAGGUAAUCUCAUCGAGACACACGUUCUCAUUCUCAAGAGAGACCUGGUUAACUUGGUGGCCACAGGAGACCAGCUAGAGGGGACGUUUGGUAACUCUAAUACAUAAUCCUUGUUAUAUAAAUGACAUCAACCAUCAAUGCAUUGAAAGUGCUGGAAAAACAGGAGAAGACGUAACGUAAAACACUUCUUUCCUGUGGAUUCCCUCAGGGAGUACAGGUCAAGACCCACAUGCUCCAAACCUGUGACCUCAACGUCUCCUCCACAGACGGAGUCCUGGGUCCGCUCGGGGGGGAGCAGUGGAAAAACAGGAGGGCUGCAGGGGACAAGGGUUUGGGUGAGAGGACUGGGAGCCUCCGUCUAAUUCCUCCACUCUCUCCCUGUUGUCAAGGGGAGGGGAAAGGGGGCGUCGCCGCAGCUCACUGCUAAAUUACUUCAAGAAAAAAAAAGAAGAAGUGUCUCACUUGUGAUGGCAAGAAGACGGAGAGUGGUCGAGUCUCUGGGAGGACGAGACACAGAUUGUAACUGAGGGACAGGAGAUGUCUUAAAGGUGGAGACAAACCCUCUGCUGCUGAUGAAUUGAACUACGACAGGAAGAACCGUUUCCUGCUGCUGCUCGAUUGGACACGUGGGGACUGAUUAAAACACGUCAUCACAGCCGGACUCUUUCUGCUCUUCACAGAGCAUCGAUUCUGUCAGCAGGUAACAGGAAUAUUACGAGGAAGUGGAGGAAAUGAGGAGAGACUGACUAGAGAGGGAGUCUAAGGAAACGGAGACAAGUGGAGAAAUCAUCUUGGCUUAGGUGCAGCAGGACUAUGAUUCUCCCUGUGGUGGUUUUGCUGGUGCUCCUGUUGCUCUCUGGACCUAAGUCCUCUAUCCAGGGAGACACUCAGGAAGUCGGGAACAGCGACGAGAUCUUGGAGAGAGAGAUCUUCUAUGCACCGAAGCGUCAAAAACGUGCCGUGGUUGACCACAGCGCUUCCCAAACGGACAAAUGUUCCUACACCUUUAUUGUCCCCCAGCAGAAAAACAAUGGGGCCAUCUGUGUGAACUCCAAGGAGCCCGAGGCCCUGCUGGAGAACCGGGUCAAUAAGCAGGAGCUGGAGCUGCUCAACGGCGAGCUGCAGAAGCAGCGGGGGCAGAUAGAAGCGCUGCAGCAGUUGGUGGAGGUGGAUGAGGGGGUGGUCAACGAAGUCAAGCUACUGCGCAAAGAGAGCCGCAACAUGAACUCCAGAGUCACGCAGCUGUACAUGCAGCUGCUGCACGAGAUCAUACGCAAACGAGACACUGCUCUGGAGGCGUCACAGCUGGAGACACGCGUGCUCAACCACACACACGAGAUGGGCCGGCUAGCCUCACGCUACCGCGACCUGGAACACAAGUACCAGCAUCUGUCGGCGAUCGCAAACAACCAGAGUGCUCUCCUGGUGCAGCUGGGGGAGCACUGUAAGCGGGGAGGAUACCCGUAUGGUGUGGUGCAGGACAGGAGCCGGCCUGCGCAUCCACAGCCUCCCGUGAUCCCUCAGCCUCCUAUACAGAUGCCCCCAUUGUCUCCUGGAGGCUACAGACCCUACCAUCCACCCACCUACCCCCGCCACACCAACAACCCCAUGACUAAUGAGAUACAGAAUGACCAGAACGCCAAAGCAUUACCACUUCCGCUGGCCACAAUGCCGAGUGCGACGUACAGCUUUACCAGCGAGCCCUCUGGUCCUUUCAAAGACUGUCUAGAGGGUCUGGAGGCCGGAUACACCACGAGCGGCAUGUACCUCCUGAAACCAGACAACGGCAACCAACUCAUGCAGGUUUGGUGUGACCAGAGACAUGACCCUGGUGGCUGGACUGUCAUUCAGAGACGUCAGGAUGGCUCCGUGAACUUCUUUAGAAACUGGGAGACCUACAAGCAAGGGUUUGGAAAUAUUGAUGGCGAAUACUGGUUGGGCCUGGAGAACAUCUACUGGCUGACCAACCAGGGCACCUACAAGCUACUGGUGACUCUGGAAGACUGGACCGGACGCAAGACCUUUGCGGAGUACGCCAGCUUCCGUGUCGAGUCUGAGGCCGACUUCUACAGGCUGCGAGUGGGCCGAUACCACGGCAGUGCCGGAGACUCUCUCACCUGGCACAACGGCAAGCAGUUCACCACACUGGACAGAGACCAUGAUGUCUACGCAGGUAACUGUGCCCACUACCAGAAGGGAGGAUGGUGGUACAACGCCUGUGCUCACUCCAACCUGAAUGGCGUGUGGUACCGUGGUGGGCACUACCGCAGCCGUUACCAGGACGGGGUCUACUGGGCCGAGUUCAGAGGAGGAGCCUAUUCUCUGAAGAAAGUGACCAUGAUGAUAAGACCCAAUGCAAACACCUUCCAUUAACACUUCAGUCACUCAAAACGCAAGAGAUUUUACUGGGCAAACAUCAGAGGGUUUCCCUUUCUAUAUCACAAAAAGCACAAAUCCUUGAUUUGAUCUGCACUCUUUGCUUUUUUCCUGUUGGUUGCCUUAUAUUCACAAUGUAGCUUCAAAUUGCAAAGGCCCCUGCAGUGAUGCGAUAGGAUCCAUGCAUUCUUUAAUUUGUAUUUUAUUCAUUCUACAGGUAGAGGUAUAGCUGGUACUUCCAAUUUAUUAUAGGUGCUUAUAUUAUAUACGUAUAAUAUAUAUUGGGAUCAAUUCUACAGGAGAGAAAUCUGGUUAUUUAUUUUGAUAAAAUGUUCCUGACAAUAGUUAGUAAAACAAUUGGUUGCAAGUCUUCUGAACACUUAGCAUGAGGACUAAGUUUAAAGUUCAACAUGCAAACAAAGUUCAACAGCUCAAUUUUUCUUCAAUCUAAAUAGCAGGAGUGUGGACUUUACAGCUACCUUUACCACUGAAUACACUAUGCAUGUUCUUGAACUGAAUCGACUGUAAUGCUUGAUAGUUGUUUAAUGUGAGAUAUGAAGUUGCAGGUUAGUAUUUCCACUAACUGAGCAGAAAGGCCCCUUGGAGAUGAUCUUCCUCCCUGUAUCCUGAUCAACCAUUGAAGGGGCCGCUGUUCUAUUACUACAAAUUACAAAUGUCUUGGUACUGAAGAGUCUGGUACUUGAUAUUUCGUGCCACGACUUAUUAACUUUACAUUCAACAACUCUAUUCUCAGAAAGGCAUCCGUGUUUUAAAUAUACCUUUUCUUCCUAGCAUGAAACCAUAACGGGACACAAAAUCUCUCGACUGAAAAAACAGGACAUUGUUAGCCUAGCUUAGCAUAAAGACUGGACGCAGGGGGGGAAACAGUUUGCUUGACUUCAUCCAAAGUUAAAAAAUACACGCACUAACUCUGUUGUACUGUACAUGUCAAACCAUAGCCAGAGCAAAGAAGUGCGGAUGGUCAUCGGGUCAAUCAGUGAUCUUUGGAGGUGCUGGUAGGUAUCUUUUUUUACUGUGGUCAGAGCCCAGCUAGCCGUUUCCUCCCAUUCCCAAUCUUUAUGCUAAGCUAGGCUAACCACAGCUCUGUACCUCUUGAACCAUUACUUCCACUGUAAGUUACCAGCACCAAGAUAACAGGACCUGCCCCCAUGUCCAUUUAAUAUGGACAGUGUGAAAUCGAAUAAAGCCUUUGAAUGUAUACAGGAUUUACAAAAACAUUUAACAAAUACAAUUUCACUGCAGGUGUUCUAAGUAAAAGCAGCUACAGUACAUUCAAACAGUAACCGAACAGUUCAGUGUGUACAGCUCAGUUAUUGCCUCUACCCAACGGUUUCAUGGUAUGUUGGCAAUAUCAGUCACUGCAUUAAUGUGCAGAUACAGUAUGUACCAGGUAUUCUGUGUAUAUAUAUAUAUAUAUAUAUGCUGUCUCAUUCAAAUUAUUUUUUUAUAGUCUGUAUGUUAUCAAACUUACAAUAAACUAUGUACAACUCUGUGCAUGUCUCCAGUGAUCUCAUUUCAAUCAGUUCCACUUUGAGAUCACGAGCCCAGAAAACCAAAAGCGUGAAGACAAA